UAAUAUAGCUCUCUCUCUCCCCCACGAGUUCAUAAUUUGAAACAGACCCAAGAAAAAUGGCGACUUCCCUGUGCUGUGGACUCCACACUACUCCUCCAGGGUCUCCACAGCUCCACCAAUGGAAAUUAUCCAAGAAGAAAGGGAGAUGCCCAUCAUUAAACAGAGUGAAAUCUGCAACUGUAACUUCCAAGCUCGAGCUGAGCCCACUACCAUAUCUGAUGAAUUCUUUGGAGCCUUAUAUGAGCAGUGAGACACUGGAGCAGCAUUGGGGGAGGCAUCAGAGAGCUCAUGUAGAGAGCUUAAAUGAGCAGAUUGAAGGGACGGGGUUCGAGGAGAUGAGCUUAGAGGACAUUGUUGUUGCUUCCUAUAACAAAGGGGAUCCUCACCCAUCGUUCAAACACGCAGCGCAGAUCUGGAAUCAUGAUUUUUUCUGGAAUUCUAUGAAGCCAGGUGGAGGGGGUAAGCCCUCUGGAGUUCUUCUUGAAUUGAUCGAAAGGGAUUUUGGUUCAUUUGAGGGGAUGUUGAGAGAACUCAAGAGAGCUGCAUCAACACAGUUUGGUUCUGGUUGGGCUUGGCUCGUGUACAAAGCAAACAGGUUGGACGUGGAGAAUGCUGUAAACCCUUGCCCAACAGAAGAGGAUAAUAAGCUUGUGGUGGCAAAAUCACCAAAUGCCGUAAAUCCCCUUGUUUGGGAUUACUCUCCACUCCUUGGAAUUGACGUUUGGGAGCAUGCCUACUACCUUGAUUACGAGAAUCGACGUGCUGAUUAUGUGUCAGUCUUCUUGGAGAAACUUGUUUCCUGGGAAGUUGUUAGCUCGAGGCUUGAGAUGGCAAUGGCGCAGGCAUCAGGCAGAGGGAAACAAGGCGAUGGAAACGAAGAGGAUGAAAUGAGUGAUGGUGAAGCUGUAGAGAUGUAUCUCGACAGCGAAAGUGAUGACUCAGAUGCAGAAUGAAAAACUCAAUUCCAAGUUCUUGACAAACUUAGAGAACAACUUGAUUGCUAAGGCAGAAGAACGUUAGGGCCAUGGAGGUCUAACUGGUGACAUAUUGGCUAAACUCGAGCAAAAUAAUCAGGAUGUAAUACUCUUUUUGUUUAUACGAGGGUUGAUGCUUGUAAGAUUUUGUUCAAUAACAUUUUGUAAUCAUAAGCUAAGUUAUGCAAGCAUAGGUUCAAAGAUUCAAAUGUUGCAGAUAUUUUGUUAUUCUUGAGUAUCUACAAGCGAUCUUAAAUUCAA